AUGGAUUUCCCAAAGCCUAGACAAGUCAGAGAGACGAGCCUGUUGAUGUACUAUCUAGACGUCGUGUUUCCUCUGCAAUGCACCAGCCUACACAACACUGGUGUGGGAAAGAGAGAGUGGCUGUUGACUAUACUGACCUCUGCACGGCCUACGUACUACGCCACAUUGUGCCUUUCGCUUCUCUAUAAAGAAUCUCUUUCAAGCCCUUGCAGAUCUGAACAGGCGAUAGUAUGGAAGAGGGAGAAGACCUACUACUACAUUCUUGCACUCCAGGAGUCUCAGAAGCUGUUGGGUGGACUCGACAAGACAUUUGGCAUCACAAGGCUAAAAGGUACCGUCGUUGCCCUUGCUUGCAUGCUACAGCUUAUCGGGUUUGAGGCUUCUCACAUGAGCAGGGGAGAUUGGCGCGUUCACCUCCAUGCGGCCAACACACUCAUUCCUGUCUUGGUCGAGGGAUGGUCCACAGCUUUGCAAUCAGGCCCCCCAGCCACCUCCAUAUGGUGCGAGCUGGGUGAAUCAGACUUUGGCUCGACUGAAGAUCAAACCUCUCUGAGCUUUGAAUAUCUCGGAGCAUUGAGAUUUCUGUCAAACUUACUCGCCACAGUCGGCAUCCUGUCUUGCAUAUCUAUUGGUCCAUCAGCACCAUUUGAAGAUUACGGCCAUCUCCUGGACCAGCCAGGCCUUAUACAGCUGGAUGAGGUGUUGGGGUGCAAGAAUUGGACCAUGCGGACGAUUCUCGAAGUGGGUAAGCUGGACCGUUGGAAACGCCAGGAGCAAGAACACAAUCGCUUGAGCCUAAAGACGCUCGCCAGGCGCGCCAUGAUGAUUGAGGAUAUGUUGACAGACGAGCUACAAAGGCUGCCAACAAACGAGACGCUUCCGGAUCUCGUCACUCAAAUUUACGCCUCUUCUAUUAUGACGUAUCUGCAUACAGUAGUUUCCGGACUCAAUCCCAACCUUUCAGAGGUUCAGGAUAGUGUGGCCGGGACGCUUCAAUUGUUGGAGAGACUCCCAAAUCUUGAAGCUGUCACGAGUGUUACUUGGCCUCUGGCUGUCACGGGAUGCAUGGCCUCAGAAAGUCACAAGGACUUUUUCAGAAACACUCUGAGGUCGUAUGAGGCGACAUUCACCUCCUUAAAAAAGUACGACGGAACUCUUGAGGUCUUGGAAGACGCUUGGAAGAGAAGAGAGAUAGAUACAGAGUCUCCAAUGAGAUGGCAGGACCUGAUGGAUCACCAUGGGCUUCCAGUGCUUCUUUGGUAG